AUGGCUCCAUCAGUGUGCAUCUCAGAAUCUGCAUCUAGCGUUGUACCCGAACCUAUCGUGUCCGACGCCCCAGUUUUUGUUAACAGCUCUAGCAGACCUGCUCUGGUAUUCAGCGCGUUUACGCUCUAUACUCGAAUGUGCUCGGUUCGAACCAUACAAAAAUCUGGUGCUCCUCUUUGUGCUUGCAGGGGCAUACGUGUCUGCAGCCUUUGUGAACAGGAAAAACACACCAGUGGAUUAUUAAAAAAUUCGAGUGAAUUCGUUCAGCUCGCCUUUUGUAGCCAAUGUUCAAAGGCCUUUUCUGAUGAGUCUCCCGGGAAGCCCGCGUGCCCAGACCACUCGGACGGUUUCAAAUUCUUCGGGAUUACAAUACUUGAUGAGUUUCUAUCUGAGGAGGAGGAGGCUGAUUUGAUUCGAAAGAUUGAUGCAUCACCGUGGGUGCCAUCACAAUCAGGAAGAAGUAAACAGGUACAUUACUGCGAUGUUAAUGCUCGAAGGCGUUACUCACUGUUGGGCGGACGUGACUUGGAUUACGGCGCCAAGGUCAAUUUUAAGAAGAGACGGAUUUCUACGAAAUACUUCACCGGUCUCCCAGAUUACAGCAGGUCCUUGGUUGAAAGGUUGCACCAUAGAAUGCGCAACAAUGGCGCGCGAUUUAAGGAUUUCUACCCUGUCGAACUAUGCAACUUAGAGUAUCUUCCUGAACGUGGGGCCGCAAUUGUCCCACACCUUGACGAUACCUGGCUCUGGGGCGAGCGUUUGGUACUACUCAACCUAGCGUCCCCUACAAGGAUGACGUUCACACUUCCCGCCAACGGUCCCGGCGUCCCAGGUGAAUGGGAACGAUACAAAACGUUUGCAGCCUCAUAUCUACCGCCAUCACAGGCAAGUUAUCAUGUUGUCGCGGUGAGCCUCCCACGUCGUAGUCUCUUAAUUAUAGCUGAUAAGGCCCGUUUUACUUGGCUUCAUGCAAUAAAUCGGAAUGAAGUCCUGAUGCGCCGCCUUUCAUUGACUAUGCGUGAAUUGAGCAACGAGUUUCUCGGUGUAGUUCGUUAUCACGUACACAAAUACCACCUUCCACUCUUAGAACCAGCAGUGGAUAUGCAUACGUAUGUCUCCUUGGGUCUUACUAAUAAGGCAAUUGUUUGGGACUUCAGGAGGUCAGCGCUAAAUUCGCUUUUUUCGAUACGCACUAUUUAG